CGCGUGGACUGGAGCGCCGCAAGCUCCUUGUCAGACCUCGCGCUUUUGGGGAGCACGCGGACCUGCUUGGCGCGCAGACUGAUUCUGACAGCACCUUUGGGCGCACUGGACUUCAGCGAGGUGAAUGUUGACGACACCAUUGAAAUGUUACCAAAAUCAAGAAGAGCUCUCACCAUUCAAGAGAUUGCUGCAUUAGCGCGAUCCUCCCUGCAUGGUAUUUCCCAGGUAGUGAAGGAUCAUGUGACAAAGCCUACAGCCAUGGCUCAGGGCAGGGUGGCCCAUCUAAUAGAGUGGAAGGGCUGGUGUAAGCCUAUAGACACUCCAGCAGCCCUGGAAUCAGACUUCAACUCUUACUCCGACCUCACUGAGGGAGAACAGGAGGCACGCUUCGCUGCUGGUGUGGCAGAGCAGUUCGCCAUAGCGGAGGCUAAGCUGAGGGCCUGGUCCUCUGUGGACGGCGACGAGUCCAACGAUGACUCAUAUGACGAGGACUUUAUGCCUGCCAACGAGCCCACCACACAGAGCACAGAUGUGCCAUCAUAUCCUCCCUACUUGAAGGAUCUGAUCCACAGCCAGGUUUGCCAACACCUGGGCCUGCGAGGGCCCUUUUGCGAAGGUGGAGGAGGAGGAGGAGAAGGUGGCAGCGGAGAGCCCUCCCCCACGGCAGGCUCCCCGGACACCCUGUGCUCCAGCCUCUACAGCCUGGACGAGCACCACCCGCUACUGCGGGACCUGGGCGGCCACCGUGGCACCCACUCCUACAGCAACGCCGCUGAGCUUGCCGCCAAAAUCUUGUCUGCGCUGCAGGGAGGGGAGGAGCUGCUGCUGGCCCGACUUCAGAGGGCGGGGCAGAGCGGGCUUGUUGGGGGGGACAGCGGCUUCCACAGCCUGGGCGGGGGAGGGCGGGGCAUCAGACCCUGCGGGGGUCAGGACUCUCCUUGCUACUCCAUGUCUUACUCUGAGACAUACCUGUCACCUGGUGAGGACGACGACACCCCCUGCAAGGACUAUGAGAGCACCAUGUGCCAGGUGCAGGCGGAGGGAAACGGAGUGGAGUUCCCGCCCGACUAUGUCCCGCGCAGGAGGGUCUCUGACGUGGCCUCCUCCGGUGUUGUGUCUCUCGAUGAGGAGGAUGAAGAGGAGGAGGAGAGGGCAGGAGAUCCAAACAACCAAUGACUCCUCUCGUCUCACCUCAGUGUUUAAUCCCUGUAAGUUCUUGGAGGGUUUUCGUUCCCCUCUCCGCCAUGGCGUCUGAAAUGUCUGAACCUCCACGCAUGUUGUUUUUCUUUCUCCUCUGACUGAAGCAUAAAUCAUCCGUCUUUGCCUUACUUGCAGCAUUUCAACUCCUCCUUUCCACCUCCUAACUGCUUUGUCCCCGUUCGAUGCAUUGACUGUAUUUUCUUUCAAGGCGUCCAAACAAUCUUUUUUAUCAGUGUGAAAACAGGAGUGCUGGACUUACUCGCGGGUAUGACGCUCACAGUUUUCAGCUCCGUCCUUACCUGCGAAGUGACUCUCAAAACGGACGCCACCAACAGGCAGACAGAAUGAGUCCAAAACUCUGACUUACCUUUGCAUGUGUUUUGCAAGUGCUGAAAUUGAUGGGCUGACCCAGUCUUGAGCACGGUUUGUAAUCUCAGCUGUUCUGUAUAACCCCUCCCCCCUCCCCAGUGUCUCCCAUGGGAGGGAGGGUUGACACUGCGUCCUGAGACCUGGCCUCACCCCCCCCCCCCCUUUCCUUUCCUUUGCAAGAGACAAAAUAGCAUCCUUUUGGGCAUGGCUUGCUGAGUA